GUACACACUGGCCGGAUUUUUCUUAAAAAUAAACAAAUUCGGAUUAAACCGGCUUCCUGCUUGGCUUAAACAAAGAUAAUCGCAUGGCUAGCAGCUACGACAUCCCCAGUUGGGCCGGCAAACCGCCCACUGGCUUGCAUCUGGAUGUGCUGAAGGACGAGAAACUAGUUCAGAAACUGAUGGUCGAUGAGAAAAGGUGCUACUUAUUCGGCCGCAACAGCCAGAUGAACGACUUCUGCAUAGACCACGCCUCCUGUUCGCGGGUCCACUCGGCAUUUGUGUACCACAAGCACCUCAACAUAGCCUACCUCGUGGAUCUGGGGUCCACCCAUGGCACCUUUAUCGGAACCCUUCGGUUGGAGGCGCACAAGCCCACACAACUGCAGAUCAACAGCACCUUUCACUUUGGGGCUUCCACCCGGAACUAUAUACUCAGGGAGCGACCCUCGGGCCACCACAGCAACAUCAUGGAGGACCUGCCGCUCAGCGAAACCAGCGACGGAGCUCUGCUGGGCCUUCCCGAGAGCCAAACCGAACUUGAUAAUCUCACGGAGUACAACACGGCCCACAAUCGUCGCAUCUCCAUGCUGGGAAUCGAUGAUGAUACCAAUAUGCGAAAGCAGAACGCCUUGAAGCAGGGUCGGCGCAUCCGGAAUGUCACAUUUAACGACGAGGAGAUUGUCAUCAACCCCGAGGAUGUGGAUCCCAAUGUGGGACGCUUCCGGAACCUGGUGCAAACCACCGUGGUGCCCGCGAAACGGGCCCGCUACGAUGUCAACCACAUGGGCAUCCAUUCGGGCAGCGCCCUGGCGAGUGCCAAUGCCGCCCAUGUGCACCAACUGUUCCAGCAGAGCCUGGCGGACAUGAAGCACCAGCAGCAGCAGCAGCACCACAGGGACAUGCCGCCACCCAAUGCAGUGCCCCAUUCGCCUACCAAUUCUCUAUAUCAAGGCCUGCCGGCCGAAACGCAUGGCAAGGGCGACCUGGAGCCCAUUUCCCCGCUGAGCAUUGGUUCUAAAUUGGGCCUGCUGCUGCCAAAUCCCGCGCCCGAGGUGCUGCCCGUUUUCGACGAGGCCGUGGAGCCCACCUCGACUUUGGCCCAAAAGUUGGCCGUGGCCAAUGCAAAUGUGCGUCGCUAUGGCGAGGAUCCGCAUGACUCGAGCGGAGAGGGCGACUCGCUGUGUCCACAGAAAAAGAAAUACGCCAAGGAGGCCUGGCCAGGUCGCAAGCCCAUGUUGGGGCAGCUAUAGAGGCUACUAAGCUCUUAGAAAACUAACCAAUUUUAUAUAUGUAGAUCCCACUUACGAUUUCCUAAAGUUUCUUGAGUAAUAUACAUUUAUUACACUUUCAACAAUAAUAAACGAAAAUAUUUUACACCGU